AUGCAAAGAAGUAUUGAACAGUUCGCUGCUGGUUGCACAAACUUCGGUCUUACCAUCAGCACGGAUAUAACGCUGAUCAUGCAUCAGUCGCCACCCGGUGUUGAUUACAAUGCUCCACGUAUCAACGUCAACGGCGCCGAGCUCAAAACUGUGGACGACUUCGCCUAUCUUGGCAGCACGCUAUCUCGCAACACCAGAAUUGACGACAACAUUGCUCAUCGGAUCUCCAAAGUCAGUCAGGGUUUUGACCGGCUUCAAGCCAUCGUGUGGAACUGUCACGGUCUCUAG